CCCCGCCCCUCACCGCAGCCCCUCUGUCGUCAUUUCCUGUGGGUCUGUAGGCAAAGGGAGAAGAUGGCGGCGCUGGGGGAACCUGUGCGGCUGGAGAGGGAUAUUUGUAGAGCAAUUGAAUUGUUGGAAAAAUUACAAAGGAGUGGAGAAGUACCACCACAGAAGCUUCAGGCUUUACAAAGAGUCCUUCAAAGUGAAUUCUGCAAUGCUGUAAGAGAGGUAUAUGAACAUGUCUAUGAGACUGUGGACAUCAGCAGCAGUCCUGAAGUGAGAGCGAAUGCGACCGCAAAGGCUACUGUUGCUGCGUUUGCUGCCAGUGAAGGCCAUUCUCAUCCUCGAGUUGUUGAGCUACCAAAAACAGAAGAGGGCCUUGGAUUCAAUAUUAUGGGAGGCAAAGAGCAAAACUCUCCAAUCUAUAUAUCUCGAAUAAUUCCAGGUGGAAUUGCAGAUAGACAUGGGGGCCUCAAGCGAGGAGAUCAACUUCUUUCUGUUAAUGGAGUGAGCGUUGAAGGAGAACAUCAUGAAAAAGCUGUAGAACUGCUGAAAGCGGCUCAAGGAAAGGUUAAAUUAGUAGUACGAUAUACACCCAAGGUCUUAGAAGAAAUGGAGUCACGUUUUGAAAAAAUGAGAUCAGCCAAACGCAGGCAACAGACCUAAUGCAGUUCAAAACUUUAUAUUCCAUUUUGCUUAUACUUAGAGAAGUUUUACUUGUGACCUACUGAUGGCUGCAGUGCCAGUGAUUGUAAAAAACAAACUCCCCGUGAAAUGCUCCUUGCCGUUUUAUAAAUGCCUAUUUUAACAUCAUUUAUGGUUCCAGAGAUGCAUACACUUUUUUCUGACAAGAAAAAGUAAAAGGUGAUGAGGGCAAUUUUGUCCCGCUCUUUUUACAGGCCUUUUUCAAAUGCAGAUUUUGUCAUAAAGUUGUUACAGAUUUUUAAAAAUGCUUUUUUAAUAUUCAGAUGUACUUUUACAUUCUUAAUCUUUUUUUAGGAAAAAAAGUUUUCUUCCUUUGGCUGCUUAUUUAAAAAUAACUGUUCUCCGUUUCUUUUUUUGCUUACUCUAUUUUUUUUAACCUGUAAAAUUUCUUUACAGUUUUCCAAGAAAUUAAACAGUUUCAGCUAUA